UAGAUGUUUCAUGAUAGAAAGAACAGAUGGGAAAGUCAUAUGCAACAAGUGCAGACAUAGAUGCUCAUCUAUGCAAAAAAAGUCAGCUACCUGUUCCACUGGAGAAAAAAUAUACCUUCCUUCUUCAGUAUUAAUAUCCAGCAGCCCAGACCGGAAAAAAAGAGCAACAAACAUUCAAAGUCCACCAUCUGUUAUUCUGCCAAUACACAGCACUGUCAAGAGUCAUGCCUACUGUGUCCUAUGCAAGAAACCAGGACCAAAGUUAAUAGUGGUAUCAACUGAGACUAGGUUUAAAGUCUUUAUCUCGCAUAACGUAUUAAUACCAAGUGGAGCCCGAUGCUGUCCUUCACAUUUCACAAAUGGAAGACUCACUUACGAAUCAUUAGAGAUCAUACCAGGUACAAAAGAUCACUCGUUCGUAAACAGAACAACUAUCAUGGAGCUCCUACAACAACUAAGAGACGAAGCCAAUGCUAAGGGGAGACAACGCCUAGACUUUGAUGACCCAGAGGCACUGAAUGAUGAUGACUACCAAACACUGACAGGUCUUAGUAAAGUGGACUUUGACGACAUUUUAACGUAUGCCAGAUCCACGGAUAUCAGACCAUCUAAAUCUAGAAGCAUCAGAACAUGUAUUGCUAUACUUCUUACCAAGUUGAAGACCUCUUUGGACAAUAAAAUGCUUGCUGUGAUGUUCAAUAUGUCUAAACCACAGAUUCGAAGAGCUGUAUCAACGGCAAGACAAGCUUUGUGCAACAGCUUUGUUCCACAACACCUCGGAUUCCAGCAUGUGACCAGAGAUACCAUCAUCCAGGAGCACACAAGGCCACUGGCAAAAGAACUUUUUGCCCCCAGUUUUGCUGAUGAGAAGGCAAUAUUAGUACUUGAUGGUACAUAUAUUUAUGUCCAGAAAAGUACAAAUUUUGCAUUCCAGCGACGAUCUUUUAGCAUGCAGAAACAUCGUCAUCUUGUCAAACCUAUGAUGAUUGUUUCCACUACUGGGUACAUCAUAGCAGCUAUUGGACCCUAUUUGGCUGAUGGCAAGAACUCUGAUCCCAAGAUCCUAAACCAUAUUUUUGCAACAAAUGUUCAAGAAAUAAAAUCGUGGAUCAAGGAAGAUGACAUUAUGAUUGUUGACCGAGCUUUCAGGGACUCAGCUGGAGUAUUAUCUGAGAUUGGAAUCAACAUGGAUAUGCCGUCCUUCUUAAAGAAAGGUCAAAAACAGCAUUCAGCUGAAGAAGCAAAUAGUUCCCGACUUAUAACGAAGAUCCGAUGGGUAGUUGAAUCAGUGAAUGCACGGAUAAAGACAUGGAGAUACCUUGGAAAACAGCUUCCGAAUUCACAAAUUCCGUGUAUUGGAGAUUACGUCAGAAUAGUCAGCGCUAUUUGUAAUAAAUAUAGAUCUCCUAUCAGCACUGGGAACGAAGAGAGUGAUCUUAAUAUGGCUGCAAAAAUGCGACAUUUGCUCUCAAAAAGCAAUCUCUUGCAACAGGAAGUCGAAUCUCAUGGCCUGGAUAAAAAGUCUCAUAGAUGGACGAAGUUAGAUGAAGCAACAGCAGAUCUGGACGACUUCCCUGGGUUCACCGAAGACGAAGUCCGAGAACUAACUCUUGGAGUAUACCAGGUGAAACUGGCAAAACGUUACUCUCAAGAACACACUAACCUAGAUGGGACGUAUGAAAUCUGGAUUGACAAACAACUACCGGGUCUUCUCAUUGCGAAACUUCAGAGCAGGCACAUAUCAAACUGCAGAUAUCAAUGCUGGAUAAGAUACUCAGAAGGUGCAGUAACAUCGUGGUACUGUCGAUGCAGGUCAGGUGCAAGAGUAGUAGGGGCCUGCGCCCAUAUAACAAGUGUCAUCUGGUAUUUGGCAAGACACGAACAUGUGAGUUUACAAAUGAGCAAAAACUGGUUGGACUCACUUGAAGGUGCGGCUCACAUCCCUGAAGCUAUUGAUGAGAGUGGCAGUGAGGCAGAAGUUACUGAUGGAAGGAAAUGCUUGUUCUAA